UAUGCUUUUCUCCCUAAGCCUUCCAUUCAACUAAACAGUCCAAAACGAUUUCCUCCAACUGAAAAAACACACCAAACUCUAUCUCCAUAAAAUCAAUCAGAAGAAAAAAGCAAAUAAGCUCUGGAGGCUUCAUAAUAAUUUCAGAGAAAUGCAGAGGAUAAAAAUGGGAUUCUUGAUUAGAAUUCUUGUGCUCUUUUGUUGGAUGGUAUUAGCAAAAGCAGAGUACAUGAAAUACAAAGAUCCAAACAAGCCAUUAGGCAGAAGAAUCAAGGAUUUAAUGAGCAGAAUGACUUUGGAGGAAAAAAUUGGCCAAAUGAUACAAAUUGAUCGUACAGUUGCAACUCCUGAGGCCAUGAAGAAGUAUUACAUAGGGAGUGUAUUGAGUGGAGGUGGAAGUGUGCCUAAGAAAGAAGCAUCAGCUGAAAAUUGGAUUGAUAUGAUAAAUGGAUUUCAAAAGGGUUCAUUAUCAACUCGUCUUGGAAUACCUAUGAUAUAUGGGAUUGAUGCAGUUCAUGGCAACAAUAAUGUAUAUAAAGCUACCAUUUUCCCUCACAAUGUUGGUCUUGGAGUAACCAGGGAUCCUCAACUGAUCAAGAAGAUUGGAGCUGCAACUGCACUAGAAGCUAGAGCAACUGGAAUUCCUUAUGUUUUUGCACCUUGUCUUGCGGUUUGUAGAGAUCCAAGAUGGGGUAGAUGUUAUGAGAGCUAUAGUGAAGAUCCAAACAUUGUUAGGGCAAUGAGUGAGAUGGUUCCUGGUUUACAAGGAGAUGUUCCUUCUAAUGGUAGAUUAGGAGUUCCUUUUGUUGCUAACAAGCAAAAGGUGGCUGCUUGUGCCAAGCAUUAUGUAGGUGAUGGAGGGACAGUAAAAGGCAUCAAUGAAAACAACACAAUAAUUGAUAGACAUGGUUUGCUUAGUAUACAUAUGGCAGGUUACUAUAAUUCAAUUAUCAAAGGUGUGGCUACUGUUAUGGUUUCUUAUUCAAGUUGGAAUGGUGUCAGAAUGCAUGGUAAUAAAGAAUUGGUCACUGGUUUUCUUAAAGGCACACUUCGUUUCAGAGGGUUUGUUAUUUCAGAUUGGGCAGGAAUUGACAAGCUUACUUAUCCUUGGCAUGCAAACUAUACAUAUUCCAUUCUUGAAGGUGUUAAUGCUGGCAUUGACAUGGUAAUGCUGCCUUACAACACUACAGAGUUCAUUGAUGGUCUAACCUAUUUAGUGAAGAACAACUUUGUUCAAAUGAGCCGAAUUGACGAUGCAGUUAAGAGAAUUCUUAGAGUAAAGUUCCAAAUGGGACUUUUUGAGAGCCCUCUAGCUGAUUAUAGUAUGGUGAAAUAUCUAGGUAGCGCGGAGCAUAGAGAAUUGGCUAGAGAAGCAGUGAGAAGGUCACUUGUUUUGUUAAAGAAUGGUGCAAAUGCAGAUGAACCAGUAUUACCACUUCCAAAAAAGGCAUCAAGUAUAUUAGUUGCAGGAAUCCAUGCUAAUAAUAUGGGCUACCAAUGUGGUGGCUGGACUAUUACAUGGCAAGGACUAAGUGGAAAUACAACAAUUGGUACUACGAUCCUCUCAGCCAUAGAGAAUACAGUUGAUCCAGAAACAAAGGUUGUGUUCAAGGAAAAUCCAGAUGCUGAAUUCAUCAAGUCCAACAACUUCUCCUACGCCAUUGUCGUGGUGGGCGAGACGCCAUAUGCGGAAGGCUCUGGUGACACCCUAAACUUAACAAUCCCCGCACAGGGUGCAGACACCAUGACCACAGUUUGUGCCACGGUGAAAUGCGUGGUCGUGCUCCUCACGGGCAGGCCGGUCGUGAUUCAACCAUACCUAGCUCAAGUGGAUGCACUUGUUGCAGCUUGGUUACCAGGAACAGAAGGGCAAGGUGUAGCUGAUGUCUUAUUUGGUGACUAUGGUUUCACUGGUAAACUUGCCAGGACUUGGUUCAAGACUGUUGAUCAACUCCCUAUGAAUGUUGGUGAUCCACAUUAUGACCCUCUUUUCCCUUUUGGAUUUGGACUUACCACAGAACCAACCAAGGCCUACUAAUGAAACAGCUAUUUUCACACACACACAUACACACUCAAGAGGUCCAAAUAUACACAGUUUUUACCUAUUUAUGAUUGAGUUUAGCAAAGAUUAAAUAUGUAACAGAGGCAAUGUCAGAAACUUUGACAAUUGGAGUCAUGGAAAUGAAUUUUUUUGUUUUGUCUCAAUGUGUUAUCUCCGCAACUGAAGCUUACCGAUUACAUGACCCUUGAUAGAAGGGUGUGAUGGUUGAGGAUUAGAGUGGAAGGUUAGUACGUAGUCGAAUGUUUUUCUUUUCUUUCUCGGGUAACAUUAGUGCUAGUAUGACAUCCAUCUUAUUCGUAGAUUGCUAUCACUACAUAUUGUUGAUUGCUA